AUGUCCAGCGCGGUCCAUAAGGCUGAUGCGCCCGUCUUGCGGCCGCGGGCGAUACCCGUUCCUUAUAGCAGCAAGAACGAGGUCGAUAAGUCUCUUGCUGCCCCGGCGAUCGACCGAUUAAGUUCAGAUACCAGCGGCCGUUCUACUCCUAUCCCCGAAGAUGCGCCCCCCUCGGCACAAUCCAUCGCGGUAGCCCGCAAGCAAGUGCGCCUGCGAAACCGCUUGUUCUAUACGAUCGACUAUGUCCCCCGGGUGUCACAUUUUGAUCCGGACAGCGACUACCAUGAUUUUCGCGGGUUUUUUACCUUGUUCUGGAUCAGCUUGGUGAUCAUGGUGGUGACAACGGUGCUCCGAAACAUCAAAGAUACUGGAUAUCCGUUACGGGUGCGUGUAUGGAGUCUGUUGUCGGCCAAUGUCUGGGAGCUGGGCUUGUGUGAUCUUGCUAUGGUGGCUAGCUCGGCAUUAGUACUGCCCUUGCAUCGCCUCUACCAGAAAGGACCAAAAUGGUUGCAAUGGGCGCGGGGUGGGAUGAUCGUACAAAGUCUCGGAGAGGCUGUAUGGCUUGCGGUCUGGAUCAACUGGCCAUUCUUGCGCCUAUGGACUUGGACGGCGCAGGUGUUUUUCACCCUUCAUCUUCUGACAAUUCUUAUGAAACUUCACUCGUAUGCGUUCUACAAUGGCCAUCUCAGCGACAUGGAACGCCGCCUUGCAGCUUUGGACAAGCCUGGGCCGAUCGAGCCGGCGUCUCCAUCAGAUAUCAGAUACCCCGAGCCAAAACGCCGCCGCCCAUCGUUGAAGCCGACCCAUGAAGAGGACGACAACACCGAGCCGCUGGUUCGGCUUCGUGAAGACCUGGCCACUGAAUUGACUUCCCCGCUCGGCAACAUCUCCUACCCUCAAAAUCUAAGCUUUAUAAACUACGUCGAUUUCCUCUGCUGCCCAACCCUCUGCUAUGAAUUGGAAUACCCCCGUCGAGCGAACCGUCGGUGGGCCGAGAUCGCUUGGAAAACCCUUGCUGUUUUCGGAUGCAUCUUCUUACUCACUCUGACGAGCGAGGAAUUCAUUGUGCCAGUGCUCAGUGAAGCACACGUCCAACUGGAGGCGCUAGACAGUACAGCUGACAAGGCACUGGUCUUGGCUGAAACCAUCAGUAUGCUCCUAUUUCCCUUCAUGGUGACCUUUCUGUUAGUAUUUCUUGUCAUCUUUGAAUACGUCCUGGGCGCAUUCGCAGAGCUCACUCGCUUUGCGGAUCGACACUUUUAUUCCGACUGGUGGAACUCUUGCGACUGGCUGGAAUUUUCACGAGAAUGGAAUGUCCCUGUCCACCACUUCCUCUUUCGCCAUGUCUACCUUCCUUCUCGGUCAAAAUUCUCUCAGCCCGUUGCCAUGUUCAUUACAUUCCUGGUCAGCUCGAUCUUCCACGAGGUAGUCAUGAGCUGUAUCACCAAGAAACUGCGCGGUUAUGGGUUCGGAGCCAUGAUGCUUCAACUGCCGAUUGUGGCAGUACAAAAAUCCCGAUUCUUCAAGGGCAGAAAGACACUCAACAAUGUAUUCUUCUGGUCUUCCAUGAUUCUGGGUCUUUCAAUGAUGUGUGUCUUCUAUGUCCUGGUUUAG